UAUAUCAACCCACACCAUAUCCAACUUCAACAGAUUUUUCAAAUAUCUCUCCCUCUUUUACAACUUAAUCUAGGUACACUAACACAAAUAUAAAUUACACAGGCACAGAAAUCAAAGGUUUGAAUUUAAGAAGAAGAAAAAAAGAUGUAUGAAGAAAACAGUGGUUUGGAUGAAAGCAGCAGUAUGCAUGUAGAUAGAGGUGGAUUGAGUCAAGGUGAGGAUGCUUUCUCCCAAACCCACUGCAACAACUUCAUCACGGAGGAGCAAUCCUACCCUCAAAACGACGUCGCCGCCCUAGAGAUGGAGCUGCAGAUCGAGCAGUGCUUCACCAACAACAACAAAAUUCAUGAUAUGGCGCACCACGCCUCUAAUUGGCAAGACAUCACCACUGGCCAUUACCAAAUCUUCGCUGCUCAAGCUUCAUUCACCGACGCCCCCGAUUUGCCGGCCAUAUUUCCUCCUCCGUCUUCGCUGCUUCCCAACUUUCCCCAAAAAACCCCAGCUUUCUCCGCUUCGUCGAGCAGCGUCGUUUACGACCCUCUGUUGGCGUUGAAUAAGCCCCCUUCGUUCAGAGAUCUGUUCUAUGGCGGUGGGGUUUACACACUUGGGGUUGAUGAGAGAGAAGCAAAUGUGGGUUUCUAUGAAAACGGUGAUGGAGUUUUUGAGUUCACAGCAGCAGAAAUGGGCGAGAAUGGAGAUGCUAUUAAGGAUACCAAACAACACUCGAGCGAGAAGCGUAGGAGAGUGGAGUUGAAGGGCAAGUAUGAAUCUCUGCGAUUACUGAUUCCUAGUCCCUCUAAGAAUGACAAAGCGUCGGUCCUGGCCGACGCCAUUCGCUACAUCAAGGAGCUGAAGAGGACUGUGACUGAGCUCAAAGAUCUCGUAGAGAGAAAGAGAUUUGCGAGAGAGAGGCUCAAGAGGCCUAAGGUGGAAGAAGAUGACGUGGAUCCUUACAAUGGAUCAUCGUUGCGGAGCUCGUGGCUGCAUCGCAAGUCCAAGAACACCGAGGUCGAUGUCCGAAUCGUAGAAGACGAGAUCACGGUGAAGCUGGUGCAGCAGAAGCGGAUCAACUGCUUGCUGUUUGUUUCCAAGGUGCAUGAUGAAUUGCAGCUCGAUCUUCAACAUGUUGCUGGAGGCCUCAUUGGUGAUUAUUAUAGUUACCUUUUCAACUCCAAGAUUUGCGAGGGGUCGAUUGUGUACGCGAGUGCCGUAGCGAACAAGCUGAUUGAAGUUGUGGACCAACACUAUGCUGCACUCCCACCAACAACAACCUAUUAAUUAGGGGGAUUUUGUUCUACACAUGAAGUUAAUGUUUUAUUUAAUCCUCUCUUUAAUAACGUAUUAACUAUAUACUAGACAAAUGCAAUUUUUUUUUAGGCGACUAGACAAAUACAAUUAAUUGCUAUUUGCUGAAAUAUUAGCGUAAUGUGUUUGUUCGGACCCCUGGGAUUUAUCGGGGUUCCCCUUUUACAUUCUUGAAAACCCAUUUGUAUUAUCACAGAUAAAAAAAAAGUUUCUCACUAUAACUAACCUAUGUCGUCAAUAACACAUAAACAAUUAGAUGUACCCUCUAACUGUUUCGUAGCUGGCAGAUUCUGC